AUGGCAUCCAUACCUGCUCGCAGAGGCCUCUCUGCCCUCCUAGACGCCUCAUCACCAAUCACCAGACCCUUCGCAUACCGCACAUCACAGCGCAGCUUUUCUGCUUCCACACUCCGCGCCGCAUACGCGACUGCGCCAAAAGCAGCAGCAGCAGCGACCUCGACAUCCACUGCCGCAAAGUCCUCUGCUACCACUUCAGCUGCUUCCACCCCAGCAUCAUCCACACAACGAACAAUCACCCCCAAGUACUCCGCCAAAGAACCCCCAGUCCCCACAACCCGCACCACUCAACUCGACACCCUGACCUCCCAAGCACGCGCCCAACGCUCCCUCACCUCCGGCCUCUAUGAUGCCCCGCCUGAAGUCGAAGGCGUGCCAGCUAUCGACUGGACGCGCUCUUACCACGGACUCGGUAGUGUCUCGUUUACCCCCGAGCAGUCCGAAUUACUGUUAGCGCCCGUUGUGGCGGAGGAUGUGGAGGUGAAGCCCGACGGGCUGCUAUAUCUUCCAGAGAUCAAGUAUAGGAGGAUAUUGAAUAAGACGUUCGGGCCUGGAGGCUGGGGGUUAGCGCCGAGAGGGGAGAGUAUCGUCACGGGCAAGUUGAUUACGAGGGAGUAUGGAUUGGUUGUGCAGGGCCGAUUGGUCUCGAUAGCUCGCGGCGAACAGCAGUACUUCGAUCCUGACGGUAUCCCUACAGCAACCGAAGGCUGCAAAUCGAACGCCCUGAUGCGCUGCUGCAAAGAUCUUGGUAUUGCGUCUGAACUCUGGGAUCCCCGCUUUAUCAGGGGCUUUUUGAGCCAGCAGACGAAAGAGGUGUGGGUGGAGCAUGUUGGUACGAAGAAGAAGAAGAAGAUUGUACUCAGGAAGGACGAUGGGGUUAGAUACCCCUUCAAGGAGAUCAAGGCGUAG